GUUGGCGUCCUUAUCGGAUUGUUUAUCCGGUGAUGUUCCCUUGAACCGGGACCAAAUCAACUGGCCACAGCAACUAAAACUGGGAUUGGGAAAAUGAACGAUCUGUGAAGGUAGUUUUUUUGGGGAAAACGUUCCGUUGGAAUACUUGUUAAAUAAUCAUUAUUCAUCAUGAAGGUGGGCUUUGCACUCGUUCUCCUCUGGUCUCUUCCAAUAACCAAUGUGCUUGCAGAGCUGCCUCAACCUCAGAACCUGACUCUGCUCACACUGAACACACAGUAUGUACUGACGUGGGACUGGGACCAGACGACCACAGGCAACUCUGUUACCUUCACUGUAGAGUACAUGGCGAAGUACAAGAUGAAGAUGAAGAAGAAGAAGAACUGGAGCCGUGUGUGUGAACGGACCACACGCACCCGCUGUGACCUCACAGGUUCUGAUCUGCACUACCUGGGCGUGUACGUGCUCCGAGUCCGAGCCAGCGCAGACGGAGUCAACUCACACUGGGUCAACAAAGACUUCUGCCCUGAUAUCGAUGCUUCGUUGGGCCCACCGUCCAGGGUGGAGAUGGUUCCUGUGGGGAACCUGCUGGACGUGAUCAUCUCUGACCCCCUGACCAGCACCCAGCACUCCAUGAGGAAACACGUCCUCAACCUGUACUACCGCAUCCUGUACUGGAGCCGCUCUGAUGACCCUCAGGGUCUGAAGCCUAAAGUGUUGGACUCUAGCAACAACCUGGUGACGCUGCCUGAGCUGGAGGCCUGGACGUGGUACUGUGUCAUGAUCCAGUCUCGCUACGACUACUACAACAAGACUAGCAGCUACACAGAACCCCGGUGCAUGCAGACGGAGGGUGACACCUCGUACGGGCAGAUCUUCCUGUACUUCCUGGUCUCCAUGAUGGUGUGUUUCCUGCUCGUGUUGCUUUCCUGCUACACCUUCAUUAGGUUCUACAGAGUCCUCAAAAACACCUUUUACCCCUCUAUCCAGCUGCCUGCACACAUCCAGGAGUACCUCUGUGACUCCUCCCCCGGCUCCGACAUGCCCCGCCUCCUCACUGCUGAUUCAGAGGCGGAGCUGUGCUGUGAUAAGCUGACCAUCUGUCCUGAGGUGGUGCUACUGGAGAUACACGUCCCUCCUCCCCUCACAGCGCCCCCCUCAGAGCUGGAGCAGGACAGCGGCAGGCACAUCCGCCAGGACAGCGGAGACUCUGGAAUCUACUCCACAGAGGGAGGCUCCGCCCAGCAGGGUCGUAGCGGUGGGGAGCCAAUCAAGAGAGACCAGGAAGUGGACUCCUGGCAGACACUGGAGCAGGUCAAGAUGGAGGAGAUGGGGAGAGACUCGGCUGACGAAAAAGAUCUGGACGAGGGGGUUGUGGAUGUUUGCGUCUGAGGGGAAAUGGAGAGAGGAGAGCUGGGUGGAAAGCAUCAAUGAUGGGUUGGCGAUUUGUAAUGAGGAAAUGAGAAUGGUUGCACAGAAUGUUCUCAAGUCUCUGUCUUGCUGCUUUUCCUCAAAGGACACUGAAGAGGAUGAAGUCUCUGAGCCAAAGACACAUCGACACCUGUCCUGCCUACAUUAAAGGAAACCUCUACUCCAAAACUAUCCUAUGA